AUGUUCAGCUUUGAAGCUUCAAAAACGUUGAAAACUCUGACUAUAACAAGAGUUGCUAGAAGUACUCCUAGAUUAUGUGUUAAGGUAUGGAAUAGAUUUGUUUACUGUACUUUAUCAGAAAAUUAUAAAUUUCUUUACAAUCACAUUUUAGUUUCAAAGUCAGAAAAACGCUCAAAGAUCCUUUAUAGGAAAUAUUCCAUGACAACUACUAAAUUUCACUCUGAAAGUACUCCUUAUUUAGAAGAUUGCAAUUUAAGGCAAUAG